ACCAUGAGGAUAGAAGAUCCUGUUCUCCAUGCAAUAUGUGUUAUUUUUGUGCGCAAAAGCAUGAACAUGAAAAGGAAGUAGGUGUUGCAAUAUACUCUCUGGAGCCAGCGUCCAGACACUUGAGACAAAAUUUGAACCUCAAACCUUCACAGCGGCAGAUGUGAAUGAAUAAACAGGUAAACUAAUUGGUUUUUUUUCUUUUUUAAAAAAGGUAACGGAAGAAGCAAUCAUUUUUACUAACAGGCUUAAUUUAUUAUACAGUAUUAGUUUUGACUGCUAUUUCUUUUUUAAAAAACUAUUUACGUGUAGUGUAUUUACGAUUAAGUGUAUUGCAAAGUCUAGCUCUGUUACUCAGAAAGCUGCUUUGGAUGGAAUUCAGUUGCCAAGUUAUUUAACUAGAAGGAGAGCAUGUACAAUGAACAUUGAAGGAAUAUAAAAGAUGAGUACGUAUAUGUUCCAAACAUAUUUAGUGUAUGUGCUUCUGGGUAAGGGGUUUCUGUGUGUAGUAGUAGUAGUAGCAACAGGCUAAUAUAUAUCUAUUUAUAUGUAUGCAGGCAUCUGGAUGCUUGUGAAUUUUUACCAGACACAAAUUUACCAUCCACUUGGGUCAAUUUCAUUCCCAGAGUAAAUAGCUCUUCCAUACAUUAGCAAGCAUUUUGCAUUAACUGUGAUAAUUUCACUCAUUAACAUGACAAAUUCUCUUUGAGAAAAUAUGCUUUUUUGGGAACAGAAUUUCUCAACACUAUACAGUGGUACCUCGGGUUACAAACACUUCAGGUUGCAAACACUUCGGGUUACAAACUCCCCUAACCCAGAAGUAGUACCUUAGGUUGAGAACUUUGCUUCAGGAUGAGAAUGGAAAUUGUGUGCCGGCAGCGCAGCAGCAGCGGGAGGCUCCAUUAGCGAAAGCGUGCCUCAGGUUAAGAAUGGUUUCAGGUUAAGAACAGACCUCCGGAACGAAUUAAGUUCGUAAACCGAGGUACCACUGUACUGCAGGUUUAAGGACCUUAGAUAAUUUCUGUCAGUCUAAGGAAACAUAAUAAUUUCCCUAAACCCCACCACCUAGCAACAUCUCUGAAUAUUUAUAUGCAUUGGAUAAUGCUUAUUGUGCCCCUCCCACAGUUUUAAAAGCAUCCCAAAAGUAUGCUAGAUUCUUUCUUUUUUAAAGAGCUUAUUUGAAAUUCAGGGGCGUGCUUGGGGAAGAACAGUUAAUAAUACAAAUGAGGUCAAUGGACAUUCAUUACCUCUAGUUUACAUGUCCCAGAGAAAGAUAGGGAAAAAUUCUGAUUUGCAGGAAAGGAUCUCCCAUGAGCCUUUGCAGUAAUCCUGAGGUGCACAAGCUUACUAAUUGUUAUGUGGGCAUCUUAGCCCUCCAAUGCAACUCACCUUUAAAUACAGCAUGGGGUUUGGUAGUUGUUCUCUCCACACACCCAGUUCAUCAGGAACUUGGAAUUGGAUUGGAUGGGCUUCCUCUGUCUACCUGACCAAAGAAGAUGUCUUGCCAGGCGUAUCAGUGGAUUGGUUUUAUUUCACACUGUUUAAUUUAUACCAGGAGUCCGUAAGAAUAAUCUUCCCAAUCAGAAUGACAUGCAAUCCUGGGGAGGGAAGAAGAGGAGAACUGGCAGCCAUCUCUUGCAGUUGGCUCACUAACUGGCUUUACUAAACUUAGUCUGUAAGAAGGCAAAAGCCUCUCACCACCAUGUUUGCUCCGAGCCUCCUUUUGUGGCACACUGUGAUUGGGAAGGCACUGGCUGGUUGGUGGUUUUACAGGGGAAAGAUAUCUGGAAGAUUGUGACUAGUGGUGUGGCUGUCACUUCUGUAGGGCUGCCCCAUAUCCAUAGACAACGUGAUGCGAGUACCUCAGGCAGCAGAUGCUGGGGGGAGGGUAAUGUAGUAUCUGUUCCUCCUGACCCAUAACCAUUCUCCUUUAUUGGAGGAUAAAGCGGUGUGUGAACCAUGCGGCUUGUCCUCUGCUACCUAAGCUAGCCUGCUGCCCUCAGGCGCAAAGGUGGAUGCUGUCCUGUCACCAGUGCUGAAAUGAGAUUCAGUGGCCAGCCCGCUCAUCUUCUAUAUAUAUGCAGGGAGGCGGGACUGAUUCAGAUGGUCCGCCCCCGCCACUUAAUGGAUCCAAAUGGUUUCCAGAGAGUGGUAGGGGAUGUUUUAUCCCAUGUUGAUGGCCUUUCAGCUGAUUCCCUGGUGGCCCGCUGGAAUGUGGAGUUAACCAGGGCUAUUGACUGUUUGGCUCCAAAGCGCCCUCUCCGAUUGCAUGGAGUCCGGACAGCCCCGUGGUUUUCCACGGAUCUGAGGGCAAUGAAACAAUCGUUGAGACGGCUAGAGCGCCGGUGGCGGAUAACCCAUUCUGAAUCUGACCGGACACGGGUUAGAGCUCAAUGUCGAGCCUACCAAGUGGCGAUAGCGACGGCGAAGAAGACUUUCUUCACCGCCUCUAUUGCAUCUGCGGAAAACAGCAGCAGGAGACUCUUUCAGGUGGUUCGCAAUUUAGCGGAACCACCUGCUCCAUCAGGGCCCAGUAGCGGCCACAUGAUCUCCUGCAAUGACUUUGCAAAGUUUUUUGCAGAUAAAGUCGCUCAGAUUCGAGAAGAGGUAGACUCCACCGUGGGAGCAGGGCCGGGGCGGGAGAGUGCUAGAGUCCUGUCUAGUCAAGUUGUGUGGGAUCAAUUCCAAUCUGUUACCCCGAGGAUGUGGACAGGCUGCUUGGACGAGUGAAACCAACCACUUGCCUCCUUGAUCCUUGCCCAUCCUGGCUUAUAAAAGCUAGCCGGGAAGGACUGGGCGAUGGGCUUCGUGGGGUGGUGAAUGCUUCCCUCCGUGAGGGAGCCUUCCCAGACCCGCUGAAAGAGGCGGUUAUUAAACCGCUUCUUAAAAGACCAUCUUUAGAUGCGGCCACAAUAGCCAACUAUCGCCCAGUCUCAAAUCUUCCAUUCUUGGGCAAGGUGAUUGAGCGAGUGGUUGCUGAACAACUCCAGGCACGCCUGGAAGAAGCGGACCAUUUGGAUCCCUUCCAGUCGGGAUUCAGGCCUCAUCAUGGGACUGAAACUGCCUUGGUCGCACUGGUUGAUGAUCUCCGGCGGGCUAGGGACAAAGGUGAGUGCUGUUUCCUAGUUCUGCUGGAUCUCUCAGCGGCGUUUGAUACCAUCGACCAUAACAUCCUUCUGGACCGUCUUGAGGGGCUGGGAGCUGGGGGCACUGUUAUACAGUGGUUCCGCUCCUUCCUCCUGGGCCGUGUUCAGAAAGUGGUGGUGGGGAUGAGUGUUCAGACCCCUGGGCCCUCACUUGUGGGGUGCCUCAGGGUUCUGUCCUCUCCCCCAUGCUUUUCAACAUCUACAUGAAGCCGCUGGGAGAGAUCAUCAGGGGAUUUGGGCUGGGUGUUCAUCAGUAUGCAGAUGAUACCCAGCUCUAUCUCUCCUUCAAAUCAGAACCAGUGAAGGCAGUGAAGGUCCUGUGUGAGUGCCUGGAGGCGGUUGGAGGUUGGAUGGCGGCUAACAGAUUGAGGUUGAAUCCUGACAAGACAGAAGUACUGUUUUUGGGGGACAGGAGGCGGGCAGGUGUGGAGGAUUCCCUAGUCCUGAAUGGGGUAACUGUGCCCCUGAAGGACCAGGUGCGCAGCCUGGGAGUCAUUUUGGACUCACAGCUGUCCAUGGAGGCACAGGUCAAAUCUGUGUCCAGGGCAGCUGUUUACCAGCUCCAUCUGGUACGCAGGCUGAGACCCUAUCUGCCUGCGGACUGCCUCCACCAGAGUGGUGCAUGCUCUGGUUAUCUCCCGCUUGGAUUACUGCAAUGCGCUCUACGUGGGGCUACCUUUGAAGGUGACCCGGAAACUACAACUAAUCCAGAACGCGGCAGCUAGACUGGUGACUGGGAGCGGCCGCAGAGACCACAUAACACCGGUCUUGAAAGACCUACAUUGGCUCCCAGUACGUUUCCGAGCACAAUUCAAAGUGUUGGUGCUGACCUUUAAAGCCCUAAACGGCCUUGGUCCAGUAUAUCUGAAGGAGCGUCUCCACCCCCAUCGUUCUACCCGGACACUGAGGUCCAGCACUGAGGGCCUUCUGGCGGUUCCCUCACUGCGAGAAGCCAAGUUACAGGGAACCAGGCAGAGGGCCUUCUCGGUAGUGGCGCCUUCCCUGUGGAACACCCUCCCACCAGAUGUCAAAGAGAACAACAACUACCAGGCUUUUAGAAGACAUCUGAAGGCAGCCCUGUUUCGGGAAGCUUUUAAUGUUUGAUGUAUUAUAGUAUUUUAAUAUUUUUUUGGAAGCCGCCCAGAGUGGCCGGGGAAGCCCAGCCAGAUGGGCGGGGUAUAAAUAAUAAAUUAUUAUUAUUAUUAUUAUUAUUAUUAUUAUUAUUAUUAUUAUAUUAUAAAGGUGUAAAAGGGGUGCUAUUUUGUUUUGGCCUGACCCUAUCAAUGCUUGAUGUAGGGACCCCAUGUGGAAGGUUGAAUGACAUGAGGGAGGUACACACAUCCCUCCCAUACAUUCAUGAGCGUUGGCAUGCAUGUACUGUAUCUUAUUUUUAUUUGUUUCAUUAAAAUAUCGACAUCUCACUUUACAGCGUCCUCACCAUGGUGUUACCCUGGCACUGAACAUGUAGGUGGAAUUACUUCUCAAGGGUGCAUGUUGGCAUGCAAGGCUGGCAUGUACAAUCCUACUCCCACCAUGUAUUUAUGAAUGCAAUAUGUGAGAUGGGCAUGUGCUACUCAUGGCAGUGCCAUCAGCUCCCAGAGAGCUACUGGAAUUGAAGCAAAGCUCUGGUAUUGUUCCAUUCUUCAUGGAUUACUAAUUUCUUUCCAGGUGUAAUUCAGAAGAAAAUGGUCUUGAGCUUUUCAAGCCCCAAAUGGUCUAGGACUGAGAUAUCUCAUGGACUAUCUUGAGCUAUCCUCCUGCAGAAACCCCCGCAAGUAACUCAGAUCAACUGUUCCACUGCCAUUUGAUGCACACCAGGUGAGCACAAGAGGCAGCUUUUUCAGCCACGGAAUCUGGGCUAUGGAAUGUCUUCUCCAAGAAGGCCCACUUGGUUCCAUUACUGCAGGCCCUUGAAUUUUAAAGGUGCUGCUUAUAUAUAGGUACAGCUUAUAUUCGGGCCAACACGGUAUUAUUAUGGAAUAGGAUGUCCCUAUUUUCAUAGGAGAAAUGUUGGAAGAUAUGAGAUCUGCCCUCUGAAAUGGACUGCUUCACCCUUCUUAAAGGUUGUGGUGGCUCUACCAAUGGCCUUAGCUGUUAGUCAUUUGAACACAGGUCAUGGGGAUAUAUUUUUUGUGCACACUCAACACUUGUAGCAUUUGCAGACUCACACAAGAAGCAACUCUCAGCAUAAAGCAUAUAAGGAAACACUUCACAACAGGAAGUGCGUGAGUGGGCCAAGAAUUUCUUCAACCUCCUCUCAGGGAGCUUUUAGAGUCUCUGGAAGCAGGGCUCCCUCUUCUUUUCUUGAUUACAAAACAGCAGUGAGGAAAGACGGUCAUGAAAGGAAACGUAUUUCACAAGAAGUGAGUUCCUGCAAGUGAAACAUACAACAGGAAAGCAAAAGCAAAGAAAACUGGGUUUAUUUCCUGACUUCAUCAUGUCUGCAGCUACUCACCCAAACUGCUCUCAUCAGUAAAUACAUGGUGAAAAGACAGCAAGCUGCAAAAAAUGUUUGCCCCCAUUUCCCCCUCUCUCUUGUGUACUCCUUGACCUCUGUAUUAGCUAAAAUAGCCAGCAUACAUUCCUGUGUAUUAAUCCAAAAUAAUACGAUUCUCUUGUUUUUAGAAGCAUACCUGGAUCUCCAGUGUAAAAUGACCGUGAGGCUGAACUUUAGGAAACAAAAAAAGAAAUGGUCUUCCCUACACAGCUUCCUAGCUCAGUGAACCUAUGAAAUAUGUACAUCAGGACAGAGGAAAUAGUAUGCUUCUACUUCUUUGGAUGAUCUGAGACCAGGGUUUAAUUAAUAUUAUAAAUGAGUCACUUAAGAGAUUUCACGUGGCCUGUUAGCAACAGGUUUUUUAAAAAUAUAACAGAUUUUCUCUGGAAAGCGACAAUCCGAAUUAAAGGCACAGGGUGGGGAAAUAUAAGCUGUGAACGCAUAAGAAUGCAGUAUCAUGUGAACAAUGGAGAAAAACAACAACUUGCAAGCAUGAGGUGUGCCGAUCCCAUUAUGAACACCCAUCUAGAAGCACCCUGCUCUUAAAAUGGUUUCUGGUGAUAAUUAGCAAUAAAAUUUCUGAGCGUCUAUUUAUUUUUUAAAAAUAAAAUAAAAUGCUGGAACUAUUUAUGGAAAGGAAAAUCCUACGCAAUAUAGGAAAGGGCACCUCUUGUGUGUAGAAGAGUUUUUAUUUUAUUUUAUUGUUUUAUUUUAUUUGGCAAAUGUAGCUCUUCAUGGCAUAGCACUGGGUGUAUGAGAAAAGUUGCACCCACUACCAAAAGAACACGAUUCUGGUCCUCUGUCAGCUCAGCUUAGAUGCAGCCUCAUGUUGCUGAACCUUAUUAACUUCUGUAGGUGAGGAUACACGUAACUGAUUCAUGUAUGAUAAUAAUCAAGUGUUCCUUUGGUGACAGUCCCUAUAACUUCACAAACACUAAGCAAGCCUUCAGCUUCGUGCCACAUUUUCCAUAGCCCCUGGCUCAUAUAUAUCAAUACGUAGUCUGAAGCAUCAUCCACGUUUCAGGUUUACCUUCUCCUGAGCGAGUCACAAUAAUCCUACUGAGAGAUUGUGGUGUUAAUUAGGAUUAGAGAACUGACCAGUUGGCUAUCAUGGUUGAGUAACACAAACUAUUCCACCUGGUCCCAACAGCACGGCAUAAUGGCAGAAAGUACCCAUGUAAAUCUAGAGAAAGGUAGGUAGUGUGGACUUGUAUAUGAUCCCUGUAAUAUAAUGCUUUGCCCCAUCUAACUUCAGGCAUUUGCUGCUGAAUUUGUCGGUUCCACAGCAACAGAUGUUGCCUCUCCUCUCUUGUGGAGCUGCAUGUUUUUGUGCCACCUCCUGUCCAUCUUCUGCAACUGCAUCAGGCAUCCAAUUUCUCCCUAUGUCAUUUGCAUGUUGGGGUAAACCAGAUGUGAUGCCAUGAAGUGUGAAAAUACCCAGUGUUUAUUAGUAAAAUGGUCCACUGCACUAAUCCACUAUCCCUAAUGGUUAUGAGCUUUUGUGAUAUUUACUUUUUACAUGCUUUUAGGUAUCCAUUUUUUAAAAAACAAAACACCACAUUUGUGUAAUAGACAGAGGUUAAAGUACAUAUAUUACCAUACUGCUUGCUUACAAUGAAGGAUGUUACAUAUACGUUUCCUUUUUAAAUCUAGAACUAAGACUCCACCAGCUUUCAGUUCUUUUCAGAAGAAGGAUGCCUCAAGAUAUGCCACUCAUCCCAACAUCGAAAGUCUUGUUCCCUCCUGUAAGGCGUGUGUCAGAUGACACAUGUGAGAUGCUUCGAAGCUAUGCACUCCAGGUCACUUUGUCUACCAUCUACUCAGUUAUUGCCUGCAUCAGCAUCCCACUCAACCUCAUCUGCUUGUGGUUCCUGUGUCGGUAUUCAAGGCCUUGGACUCCCACCAUUGUGUUGUGCAUCAAUCUGGCCCUUGCUGAUUUUGUCUACAGCAUGAUCCUCCCCUUUCAAAUAGUUUACCAUAUACGGGGAAACAACUGGCCCUUUGAGGAUGCUCUGUGCCGUAUUGUCACCGUUCUGUCCUAUGGUAAUGUGCACUGUUCCCUUUUGACCAUGAUGUGCAUCAGCAUUGAGCGCUACCUGGGAAUCGUCCACCCUUUGCGCUACAAAGCCAUGAGAUCCAUGCGAACUUCUGUCCUGACAUGCGCCCUCAUUUGGGUGUUUGUCUUACUGCCCCUCGUCCCGCUCAUGAAGACCAACCUAACGAUUCGUGUACAAAACCUGGAUAUAAUCACCUGCUUUGAUGUUUUGCCUAAAGAGAUGUUUGACGAAAAGCCAGAACGCUUCAUCGCUUACUUUGCCUCUCUGGUAUUUUUCUUCUUUUUCCUACCUCUGCUCAUCAUGGGGUUUUGCUACUUCUCAAUCAUCAUAACACUUCUCCACUCCCCUUCUACCCAACUCAGAGAAACUAAGAAGCAGACUGUCUGUUUGAUAAUAGUGUUGCUACUGGUGAUCACGGUUUGUUACUUGCCUCACAUUAUCAUGUCAGUUAUCCAUUACGUCUUCACUAUGCAGGGAAAAAAAGCAUUUUAUUUUGAAUAUAAAAUUUCAUUUGCAGUAGCCACCAUCAAUUGCUGCCUUGACCCAUUGGUUUAUUACUUUGGCUCCAAAGAGUUUCGGCGAAAGAUACAGAAGAAGCUCUGCAGAUGCGUAACUGUUGGGGUCAGUGAAAAUACUCCAAUCUUUUCAGAGCAUGAUAUCCAAAUAACACCAAUGCAAAAAGUAUUGAAUAGAUAGUCUGUAUUGCUCUGGAAUGUAAUAAACGUUGCCAGUGCACUGUAUUGACCUCAAGAAAAAUCAGGAGCUAAUUCAUUGCAGAACCUCAACUGCCAAGUUACACAGAACUAUUUUGCCAAACGUUUCUGGAAGAUCAAAUGGACUACAAUUAUCACACAUGAUUCUAUUUCUUUUGAGUAAAGGCAACUGAUGUCAAAGUCCAGUUAGAUUGGUGCAGCUGAAAGACACCUGUCUUAUUAAGAGACACCUGCAAAUGUAGCAUGAGGAGGAAAGCAUGUAUUUAACCACUUUUGACUGUGCAGAAUUUAUGGAACAAAUAUUAAUAGAAAUAUUUGGUUGAAUGGAAACAAACAUUUGUUAAGACUUCCUUCCUUAAAUGUCACAAAUUACCUGUGCCACUAAGUCACAAAAGAAUGCAACUACCUGUAGUACAGAUUCUCAGUAAUUAGAAUGAUCUUGUAAUUUGUUCUUUGUUAUUGAUGUUGAUCUGACAAAGCUUUGUAUGGACAAAUCUUGCUAUGCUGUGUAAGCACCUGAGGUGGUGCUUGCCAUCUCAGGUAACAAUAUUGCAAGUGCCAUUCUUAAAUACUACAUUCAUAUAGUUUUAAUAAAAGAAUGUUUAUUGUGUCUGCAUUCCAAUCUUAA